AUGAAAGACAACGUCUCUGGUAAGGUUUUGGUUAUGACGGUACAGGGUGAUCCAGGGUCAACAGGUAAUGAGAAGUGUUCUGUGGACUUGUUGUUCAACAAAUUUGAACAUAAUAUUUCAAUGAAUGCUCAGAAGAAGAGAAAUCCUAGAAACAAAGAAACCAGUGGUCUCGAUGAUUUAGACGCGAUAUUGAUGGAAGUCGAGCUAGAGACUCGUAAGAAGGCAAUUGCAGCCGCAGCAAAAUCAACAAAAAAAACUGGAAAGGGACAGGGAACAAAUGAUAAACCGCCGCCUGCACAGACGAAAUCACUUUCGGAACAGUUUGAAGAAGAAGUGAAAGAUUUAAUUCCAGUUGACGAGCAAUUUCCCGAUGGAAAUUUUCCUGUUGGAGAAAUAUGUGAAUACAUUGCUAAGGCUGAUGACCGUACUGCCGUUAAUCGGAUGACUAAUGAGGAAAAAAAGAAUUUGGAUGCAUCAUAUGAGGAGACAUAUAAUGACUUUCGUCGCGCUGCGGAGGCACAUAGGCAGACACGGAAAUAUGCACGAUCCUGGAUUAAGCCAGGGAUGACAAUGAUUGAAAUCUGUGAGCGUCUUGAAGCGCAUUCACGUCGAAUGAUCAAUGAGAAUGGACUGAAAGCUGGACUUGCUUUCCCAACCGGCUGUUCAAUAAACAACUGUGCUGCGCAUUACACUCCAAACGCUGGCGACACUACAGUUUUGCAAGAAGGUGAUGUUUGCAAAAUUGAUUUUGGUGUUCAUGUCAAUGGACGUCUUAUCGAUUGUGCAUUCACACUCCAUUUCGAUCCGAAAUACGAUGAUUUAGUCAAUGCAGUACAUGAAGCUACUAAUGCGGGGAUUCGAGAAGCAGGUAUUGAUGUUCGUCUGUGCGAUAUCGGCGAGACAAUUGAAGAGGUUAUGAGUAGUCAUGAGGUCGAACUGGAUGGCAGAACUUAUGUUGUGAAGCCCAUCAGAAAUUUGAACGGACAUUCAAUAGGACCGUAUCGCAUUCACGCUGGGAAAACUGUCCCAAUAGUAAAGGGAGGCGAACAAACAAAAAUGGAGGAAAACGAAUUCUAUGCUAUUGAAACAUUCGGUAGUACUGGUAAAGGCUAUGUUCACGAUGAUAUGGAGUGCAGUCAUUACAUGAAAGAUUACGACCUUCAUUCUGAGCAUAUUCCGCUAAGAUUAGCUCGAUCGAAAAAUUUAUUGAAUGUCAUCAACAAAAAUUUCCGGACGUUGGCUUUCUGUCGAAGGUGGUUAGAUCGUUUAGGAGAGACGAAAUAUUUGAUGGCACUGAAGGAUUUGUGUGACAAAGGUAUCGUACAAGCUUACCCUCCGUUGUGUGAUAUUAAAGGUUGUUACACUGCCCAGUGGGAACAUACAAUUUUGUUGCGACCAACUUGCAAAGAAGUGGUUAGUCGUGGUGAUGACUACUAA